AAAAGGAGAUUGAGAUUUUAAAAGAGUACUGCUGUGAAGAAGAAGUCGGUGAAGAAGGCUUAGGAAGAGAAAUAAAGGAAGAAAUUUAGAAGGAAGAUGUUUUUUUGGGUGAAAGAUGUUUUUUGGGUGCUGCCGUAGUAUGAAGGAAGAAGAUUUAAAAAGCUUGCCAUCAAUGGAGGAGGAAUGGGCUGAAACUUAUUUUCAGCUGAAAAGCCUACCAUCUAGCCUACAAAGAUAAAUGUAAGUUUUGUUAAAAGUUAAUAAAUGUGUGGUGGAGAAUUUUUAUUUUUAUUAGGUCGAGUUUUCAAAACUCGUCCUAUUGCUUUUUUUUUUUUUUUUUAUUGAUUUCCCCAAUUUUGAUUUCCUAUCUCUCUGAUUUCCCAAUUAAAAAAAAAACUCGUCCUUCUCUCUCCCAUAUCACAUUUUCUCUCUCCCCAAAAUAGCAGUAAAUUUCUAAUAAGUUGUAAAAUUGCCUUAUUUUACUAAUAAGUUUUUAAAACUGCCUUAUUUUAAUAAAUCUAUUUUAAGUUAGGGUUGGAAAAAUUAAAAGAAGGAAACGUAGGGUUUAAGGAUUGGAUUGGGCGUUGUGAGGGCGGUGAGACGCGCACGCGCCCAGUUGUUGAAUGGAAAGGCGAAAGGGUAUUUCAGGAAAAACCUAAUUCAACGCUUUUCCAGAGAUCCGACCGUUACCAUUAUUUGAAAAAAUAAAAAACAAAUGAUAGAAGCAGAGACCCUCAUUUCAAAAACCUCCAAUUUCCAUCCUCUCUGUAUCACUUUUCAGUUUUGCUAUUCCGCUUCUUCUCUCUCUCUUUUUUUAAGUCAUUUCCAUGGAUGAUAGCAACAACAAAGCCUUAUCAAUCAUGGAACCAAAACCUUCACACCCACUUCACCAAAUUGCAGAAACCCCAACUCACAAACUUCUUCUCAAGCAAUGGCUCAAGGAAGAAGAACUAAUCUUCGGCAGAAUUUCACUCAAAGAAACCCAAAUCGACUCUGUUAGAAAAGAAAUCACAAUGCUUCACAUCUUCUUCUUCGUCUUCCACUCUACAGCCAUACUCCUUCUCUUCAAUGCCUCCACCAAGGAUUUCCAUGGCGUUGCCUGUAAGAGAUCAUGGAUUCCUUCACUCUGUUCUCUCUUGUUCUCGCUGGGAAUCAUUUGGGCUGUGAGAUACAAGACGGAUGUUGAAGCCCAUUUGGAGAAAUUGCUUGAAAGGGAAAAAGAAGACAGGAAUUUGUUGUCUAAGUGUGUGGAUGAAUUGAAGAGGAAAGGGAUUGAAUUUGAUUUGCUGAAGGAAGUGGAUGCGCUGAGGAGGGCAAAGAGUCUGAGAGUUGAAGCUAAGGCUGUGAGGAAAUGGUCUUCCAGGGAUUUCAUCACUCUGUUUUUCUUCUCCGUUUCUUGUAUGUUUCUUGGGGUUAUUAGGGUGGUUCUAUGUAACAACUAAAAGGGGGGGAAUGGCGAUUGGUGAUUUUGGAUCUUCUUUCUUUCAUUGCAGAUUACUCUGAUCUGCACUUGUAUUUUGUUGCUUUGGUGGGUAUUAUUUGGAUUACAAUUUUAUCGAAAAUAGUUCUUUUAUUC